AUGGACAAAAAGUCAUCGUAUCUGGCAAACCUGCUCAAGAUUUAUCAGGCUGGCAACCUGUCUGAUGAACAAAAGCAGACUCAACAUCAACAAUUAGCUGCUCACCAACAACAACAAAUCCAGCACCAACAACAAAUCCAACAACAACAACAAAUGCAACAACAAUCCCAACAACAAGAACAAGCACCCACCCGCAUCGUAAAAACCGAACCCGUCCAGCAACAGUAUCCCCAACAAUAUCAACUCCAACUCCAGCAACAGCAAUAUCAACAGCAGGUACAGAUGCAAGUCCAAAUGCAUAUGCAAAGAGAACAACAACAGCAGCAGCAACAACGAGAACAGCAACAGCAGAUGCAACCACCCAUCUCGAAAUCAUUACAACCCUUUAUUCCACAACCUCAUCCAAAUCGAGUGCCUGAAGUCCCUGCUGAUCCUACUCAACUCGUCUCGAAACAAAAGAUCCAGUACUUGCUGUCUCAAAUUGAUGCUGAUAUGAAGAUUGAUGACCCUACUUGCGAGAUGCUCAUUGAAGUAGCUCACGAGUUUGUACAAGAAAUCACAGAGCUCUCAUCUAGAUUAGCUCAUCAUCGAGAAUCAGAUACACUCGAAGUGAAGGAUGCGGCCAAAAUUGCUGAACGGUUCUAUGAUAUUCGAAUCCCUGGAUUCAACGAUGAUCCAGAAGCUUUGAACGCUGCUGCUCCAUCUGUAUUCGAUCAAAAGGGUAGAGGAGUAGGAGCAGGAGGAGGGAAGCUUGUUGCUGCAAAGACUGGGAAGAAGGCUUCGAAAAGGGGUGGUGAAAAGGCAUGA